AUGCAGAAUUUAUGACAGAGCUGUGGUAUUGGAUUGCAAUAGAUUGCACAGGUGUACCUAAUGAAGUGGGCAUUUGAAAAACAUAUAUUUUUUAGAAAAUGUAAACACAAAGACAUAAUCAGUUAAUUUAAACCCUAUAGAAAGUUAUUAUACAGAUGGCAGUUAUUGCACAAAAGGUUGGAAAGGCACAAAAAGGUUGCAUAUAGAAUCACUGGUCUGCAAUAUUGUCCAGAGGUUUGACUGCCCUUUUUGUGUGUGUGUUAUUUAUUUUGUAGUCUUAUGGCCUGAGAGGAAAAACUGUUCCUCAGUCUGCUGGUGUGUGUUUUGAGACUCCUGUACCUCCUCCCUGAGGGCAACAGGGAGAACAGGCCAUUGUGUGGAACUGAUGGGUCCUUAAUGACCCUCAGGGACUUCCUGAGGUACCGCUAGGUCCUGCAAAAUGCCCCCCUUUAGCACAUAAAACAUACAUAUAGACAUACAUGCAACUGGAUUUACAAGGAAUUCAAUUUGAAUGAAUGUUAAAUUGUCCAGUUCUUUGUCUUCCAACAAUUGUGAGUUUAUGUGUAAAAAUGGCUAAAAUGCUGUGUUUCCAUCCACAUAGAAAACUAUAUAGGAACCAAAAUCAUUUCUGUAUAUUAAAUCUUAAGUCUAAUUUUUAGGAACCAAACACAAAUCAAAUCAAAUCAUAACUGUUUUUGGAAGUUUUGCCUUUAGUUGGCCCUAAAGAACUCAUUGGUUGCUUUUGGAUGUACAGUACCAGUCAAAUGUUUGUACACACCUUCUCAUUCUGGGAUGGUGUGUUCAAACUUUUGACUGAUACUGUAUGUUAAGAAUAAUUUCUCUGUUUACAGACUAAAUAUUGUCCAAUGAGCUAUGAUGCAUUCUUAGUCCAUUAUGUUUUUGUGUACUUCUGGUGCCCCUGUACAUCAGCGACAUCACCAGUUAACACUGUUUGUUGCAGUUCUUUCAACAGUAGUCCUUGACACAUCCACACAAUUUUCUUCAUGUCUUUUCUUUAUCAUUCCAACUAUUCUUCUGUUAUCCACUAUAGUGGUCUUCUGUGGUCCACCGUUUUGCAAAAGCUCACCAGUGCAUUUUAUCUUCUCAACAGUGUAUGAAACAGUUGAUUGUACAGUUAAGACUGUACAUUUUGGCUGUGUCUUUGAUUGAUUUAUUUUGACAGUUCAGCCUCAUGAUGGCCUGUUUUAUUGGCACUGACAGUUAUUUGGUCAUCUUGUUAGGAAACAACAGUCUCCAAGUGUAAAUGUAACAAUCAGAAUGAACUCGAGACCUUUUCGCUAAGCUUCACCCAAAAUGGAUGUGAACAGCAUCAAAUUUACUCUCAUUGUCCUUUUUUCAGAGGUCCAACCUCUAGAGGGCACCAGAUGCACUGUCUCUGUUACGACUGACGUGCUCGAAGAAGACCGGUUGUGACGUCAACACGUUUGAGCAUGCCUACUACGCUCGAACAUAAACAAAGGCAGGACGGAGCGGUGCAUUAAACUGUACUCUCUUGCCAUUUUAUAUGCUAACAUUACCGAAAAGAUUGGACAGCGACUCGUUUCUGGAGCCAUGGAGAACGCAUUAUUGAUUCGAGUGAGCGUGUUUACCGACCAAGGAGGCAGGAAAUACAUGGAAGAUGUGACCGAGGUCAUAGUUGAGCCCGAGCCGGGAGAAGAUGAGCCGACGACGGGGGAGCCAGGAGAGAGCAGCGGGGGGGAGUGUACGGUCAACUCGGACCGGGCUGGUGAACCCACGAGGUCUCCGCGGGUUUUAGAUGCGUCCUGUGAACCUGUGCGAACGGAGGACCACUUUUCAUCAGAAGAAACGUCUUUACCGGGAGGUCAGAGCCCGCCGCGAGCUCCAUCGAGCGCCGCGAGCCAUUCCCGCCGUUCCGUGGCUUUCUUCGCAGUGUUUGACGGUCACGGGGGUCGCGAGGCUGCGCAGUUUGCACGAGAGUAUUUGUGGGAGUUCGUGAAGAAGCAGCGGGGGUUCUGGUCGGACUGUGACCGGGAGGUCUGCUCUGCUAUACGCAAAGGAUUUGUAGCCUGCCAUCACGCUAUGUGGAAGAAGCUACCUGAAUGGCCAAAGACACUUACAGGUCUGCCUAGCACAUCGGGCACCACAGCCAGUGUAGUGGUCAUCCGAGGAAACCGCAUGUAUGUUGCCCAUGUUGGGGACUCAGCAGUGGUUCUAGGGGUUCAGGAUGACCCCACAAUCCCCUUCAUCAGAGCUGUGGAAGUCACACAAGACCACAAACCUGAACUACCCAGAGAGAGGGAGCGUAUUGAAGGUCUGGGAGGGAGUGUGAUCAAGAAGUCUGGAGUUAACCGGGUCGUUUGGAAAAGGCCAAGACUGAGCCACAAUGGACCUGUCCGUAGGAGCACUGUCAUCGACCAGAUACCAUUCUUGGCAGUAGCCCGAGCUCUGGGUGACCUAUGGAGCUAUGACUUCUACAGUGGGGAGUUUGUGGUGUCUCCAGAACCAGACACCAGCGUGGUGACCCUUGACCCCAGAAAACACCGCUACAUCAUCCUGGGCAGUGAUGGUCUGUGGAACAUGGUGCCACCUCAAGAGGCCAUCUCCAUGUGUCAGAACAACGAUGAGGCAAUGGCACCAUGUGGGGUGUCGAGUGCCCGGCAGCUGGUCAGCCAUGCUCUGCUGAGGUGGCGCCAGCGGAUGUUGCGUGCUGACAACACCAGCGCCAUCGUGAUCGCCCUACAGGAGCCUGGGACCCCCCAGGACACCCUGCACCAUGAGGAGGUGCUGCUUGACUUAGCCAAGGUGUCCCAGUGUCCUCCCACGUCCGAAUCCCGCGCUGACACUCCUCUCCUACAGCGGCCUCCAGAGGAAGACUCUCCCUCGGCCGUUUGUGACCUCCUUCCUACCCUUGAGCGACGGGACGGACUAUCAGGCAGCAACAGCCUGUACCACAUGAAUCUGUCUGACCCGUUUGCUCUGACUCCACUGUGUCCAAAUGGUAGCGCUGAAAUGGCCAGUCAGUCAAGUCCGACCGAUAGGACAGUUGGCAGCAGGACACCCAACAGCAAAAGAACUAUUGAUGCAUCAUCAUCACCAUCAUCAGGCCAGUCGGCUAAGAAAGCCCGGCGCAGGACUGCAGACAGGCCUCCGCUGGUCCAACACAACGCAGAGAAGAAACAGAAGGAGUCUACCAACGUCUCCCCAAUUCUACAGCAGCAUAACAAGACCACAGUGUGUGUGUGCUGAAACACACACACACACACACACACACACACACACACACAAAUGAACACAUCAACAUGUUGCCUCCCAUUGUCAACCAUGUCUCUAGUGGCGUUUCUGUGGGUGUCUGUCGUCUGUUCCUUAUGUUACUUUACAAUACUCCUGCACAUUCUCACAGCGCACAGCCAGCCUCGCACCAGAGGUUGUGGAAAGUCUUCUUACACAGUACCAGUACACUUCUCAUUUCAAAACUUUUUCGGGGGGACAUCUUUGUGUCUAUGUUUCAAAAUUCCAUCCUGAAACACUGAUUUAAUCUUGGUCUUACUUCACCUCUUUCUGGUAACAGUUGUAAAAAAAUGAAUAAUGACUAAUGAUGCUGAUGUAAAUAUUAUGCAUUUUAUAGUUGAGUACUUAGAAGUAAGUGAAGCUGUUCAUUUAAAACAAAUAUAUAUUUUUUAUACAGUCUUUUAUUGUACGAUGAUAAAACAUGAAAUUUCCUUUUUAGAUGAGCUCCAUCACAGCUUUCAUCUCUGGACCCUCCUCACUCUGUCCACAUAGCUUUGCAUGUACACUCUUAUUCUUCAUCGUAUUUAAUCACUGGAGAUUUGUCUUGAAUAUAAACUGAAGGUGCUGCUACAUCACAAAUCAGUAAGCUACUACAUCGUGUAUAUUGAUGUAUAGGGAUGUCAAUGAUUAAUCGAUUAUCGAUUAAUUGCCGUUAAUAAUUUAACCGAUAAAAAUAUAUAUAUAUAUAUUGACCAACAAUACAGAAGACGAGGGACGUGCUGCGUAACUGUCAGAAACCAUACUGUAGAUUUGCUGGAGUAUGCGGCUGCACCACUAGGUGUAUGCCUUAAUAAUAUGGUUGGGUUACAGGUGUGUUUGGUGACCAUGGACUGAUAAAGUUAUAAAGUUGGAGUGACAGUAUCUGUCGCAGCUGUUUCCAGCAGCCAGACUAAUGUUAUCUACAGUGAACAACACACAUCACUCCAUCAUGUAGAGCAGGUCAGCAGAUUAUUUGAUAUAAAACCAGUCAGACCAAAGUCUGUCUUGGGGUAACCUGUUUAACAUUUAUACGAUAGUUACUGGUUAUUUACUAUUGAAGGUUAAAUGUUAAUAAUUGUUAGAUAUGUCCAACACAUCUAGUCUGAUUUAGUUAUGUCCUAAUGAAGCUGGAAGUUGUGCAACUGUUUGCUGUGUUUAAUAUUUUGGAUUUUGUCAGGCCAGUUGUGGAAUAGACAGCGACAGACCAGAGUGGAGCUCUGUCAUUUUAAAUUAAGUUAUUUUGUGUUAUUUAAUUUAUCAUUCAAGUAACUUGGUGUUUACUUUAUCUGUUCUUUGAACUAAUUACUAAUGUAGCCUACUCUGAUUCUGUGUCAAACAUAAGCCAUGUCAGUGGUUAACAUGAUUUUAUAAUGGAAAAACAUCCAGCGUAUUUCAUAAAUUCUUAAUGAUUAACCGAUAAUCGAUUUUUAACACAGCCGACCCUCGAUUAAGGAAACUGCUUGAAAUUUGCAUCCCUAAUAUGUAAUAAGUGAUGGUAGCAUUUUUUUCCUUUGAGAGUACACAUUUGACAUAAUGCAUCUGCCCCUGUGAAGUUUAAAAUGAUGGAAGGUGUUAAGUUUCAAUUGCAUGAUGCAUCAUAAGGCAUAAAUCCUCUCCCUCAAUCACCUUACAUUCUUGUAAAAGUUUUUAUGUGUUUUUGCUUCCCAUGAGCCAGCUCCACUCAUUCAUACAUCAGGUAGUGAUCUUCUAUGUUUCCAAGAAUGCCUUUCAACAGCCUCCUGCUGUGCUAUUGCAGAGGUUUGGUAUGUUUGUCUCAACAAAGAUGGAUUUCUCCCUCUGCAUUUUCUGGAUGUCCGGUGGCUCUGAAACAAAGACUUCCCUCGGUAAUGAGGGACCGACACAAAACCUGAUGUUUACAAUUAAUGUGUGUGAUUUUAUUUUUGUGCAGCCAGACUUCCAUUGUGGCUGCGCUGGAUAUAUCAGUGAUGUCAUUUUAUCUGUGUUUGACCAUAAGCUAUUAGAUUAAGAAGAACACUCCACCACAAGUAUGUUGGUCCCUCCAGACAGAGGACUGUCUUGUAUCACCAGUCCAUCCUGCCACCUUGUUUUAUCUUGUUUGUUCUGUUUUGUUGAGGCUGAUUGAAGAGGUUUCUUAGGCAUUUUCCUUAUACAAGCCAUUGUCCCUCCAUGCUGCAGCUGCAGUUUUACAUUACUGAUGUAUGCACAAGGCUCAUUUGUGAGUAAAUACACUCUGCAUGGACUUUCUGAGAAAAUAUUUUUGCACUACUACGGUGACUUUAAUUGUCUUUGAGAUGGGGGUCCCCCCACCAACUUAAAAUGGUGCAGCUAGGAAUGAUUACAUGAUUGGAGUCUAAAAUGAAGACACAACAAAAAGAUGUUUUAUGUCAAGUAAUCACAAAUCCUUUUAACUUUAUAGGUAGAAUGGAAUCCUCAUUAAGUUGAGGACAGUUUGCAGAACAUGGCCGUUCCCUCUUUUGCCUCUGGUGGUUUCCAAACAUGACAGACAAGAGUAUGAUUCAGAUGAUACAUAUUCUCUGCAAGAGAAAAAUGACCGAUGUUUCAAUCUUUGUAAAAUAUUGUUAAAUGAUGUAUUUUUAAUGGAGUAAAGUGCAAUUUCUAACAGGAAUUUGUAGCAAGGAUUGGUUGAAAAACAUAUUGUACAAUGUUGUAGGAAUGAUCAUGUUCAUGUUUGACUCUGCGAAUACAGUCUGUUACUUGGCUUGAGAUCCCUGUAUGAUUUUUAUAUACUAUUUUUGAGAAUUCUCAUGAAUCUUAGUCUACUCAUUUACCCUGUUGAAUAAUGACCUGAUCCCUGAUGCAGAUGCAUGUGUAUAGUGUAAAUGUAAAAAAAAAAAAAAACACUUAUCUGGAAAUGAACAUAUUUAAAUAAAAAUGUCUCUGAAGUAA